AUAUAUAUAUCACAUUGAGAUGGUGAUGAAGGGAAAAUUUCUAAAGAAAUGCAUUAACAAGUGGAAGAGGAUGGGGAAGAGAGUGAUACCUUCAUCAGCAGGCAGCUGUGAAUGCUGCUACCAGUGGGGCUGGUGGCCUUCCAUUGAAGAAGACGAGUCCAUUCCAAGAGAUGUUCCAAAGGGUCACUUGGUAGUGUAUGUAGGGCAAGAUUACAAGAGAUUUGUGAUCAAAAUCACACUGCUCAAGCACCCUCUCUUCAAGGCUCUGCUGGAUCAAGCUCGCGAGGAGUAUGAUUUCACUGCUACCUCAAAGCUCUGCAUCCCCUGCGACGAGAACGUCUUCCUCAGCGUCGUCAGGUGCGCUGCCUCGCCAGAGCAUCCCGGAAUCUCUUUUUGCCUGUGA